GUGCAACAGUGCAGCUAGAAAGAACAGACCACUUGUGUUUUUGGCGAGAUUUUGGUUUCACUGCCUUGCAAUAAUUUUGUAAUGCCAUUUUUAUACUUGUAUACAAAACUGUGUAAAAUUAGUGUAAUUAUUUAGUAAUUAUGUAGUUUAGACCCAUCACACCUCUAAACUAAAUAAUUACCAUUUAUUUAUUCAUGAGUGAAUAUUACAUUCAUGAAAUGUACAUACUCUUUUUCAUAACAAAGUAUUACAACGAAGUACAAAAACAAAUUUUUCGUUAGACGUAAUCUGUGUUCAAGUUACCUCGUUUAUGUCAUUAAUCCCACGAAAAAUGAUCUCAAAUAUAUUGAGUGUAAUUGUGGGCGCAUCUAGUUUUGUGUACACUUGCUACAUUUUGUGCAAACUAACUUAUUUCUUGUCAAAUCACGGUGAAAAUCUACAUAUAACAUCAACAGAUGACAAUGCAGCUGAACAUACUCUGUGGUCUCUUCUAAUAAAUAUGUUGCUUAUUAUAAUCUUUAUUUUUCAACAUUCUAUUAUGGCCAAUGAAUUUGUCAAACACACCUUCUGUAGACUACACAUUGAUCACCUCAGCAGAAGUAUUUACAAUGCCUGUACUUCAGCCAGUCUCCAUUUCCUGAUCAAUAAAUGGCAACAAACUCCAGUCACUACAGUUUGGAAAUUUGAUACUUCCAAUGAGACAAUUUGGAUGAUAUUUUCUAGCCUCCAUGUAUUUGCCUGGAGUAUUAUUUACAGUGGAUGCAUCAUGAUGGAUAUUGCUGAGCUCUGUGGACUCAAGCAGAUAUGGUACAAAGUAUCUAAGAGAAACAGUCCAAUGGAUACUAAAUCCAGGGAACUGCGCAGAUAUUUGAAACAUAUGAGGCAUCCAAGUUUUACUGGAUUUCUUGCAAUUUUAUGGAUCUAUCCUAUUAUGAGUGCGGAUCGAGUAUUAUUAUCCACAAUAUUGACAAUGUAUAUGGCAUUGUUAUGGACAAUAGAUUUUGAAGAUUAUAAUUAUCACGUCAGAUAUUUCAGACAGAAGCAAAUAGAAUUGUCUUAAUUACAUUUGUUAUUUUUUUCUAUCAUAAUUUCUUAUGUUAUCAGUCAGUGUUCUUUUUUUCAUUGUCAUUUCAUUAACUUUGUGUAUAUUUAUAACAGAUUAAUAUAAAUUAAUGAAUAUUAAAAACGUAUAUACUUAUGUAAUAACAAUUUAUAAAUAUUUCGUUAAAAAAAAUAUCUAAUAUUGUAUAUAUUAUUUAACUUUAUUAAAUAAAUGAAUAAAAUAUUAAGUAAUAACUUUAUUACUUAAUAAUAUAACUUCUCUGUUUUCUAUGUAUUGAAAGUUCUUAUACCCAAUGGAUUACUGUCUCUUUCGAGACAAAGUACCACAUUACCCAAAACGCUUUAUGGGCAGCAGUUGUGGGGGUAAACUGUGCCUUUGACUGAUAUUAUCGAUUCUUUUUGGUUCAAGCCGGGUCCCCAGGCAGGCCUCAGGAAGAUCAUAAUCUCCAGGUAGGCCCCAAAGACCUACAAAGCAGAUACCCUGGCGAGAAACUCGACAAGUCUCUUAUUUAUUAUUGCUUAUUGUUAAAUUCCAACUUAAAUAUGUAAGGCACACUCGUCAGCAAACUUGAUGAUGGCUCUAGCUAAUUUCCUGUUUAAAUUUGUGAGUAGGGAUUCCACUGUGAAAGGAGCAAAAUAUUUAUAAUUAAAAAGUUUACUAUAGAAUUCCUGUCUUGCCUCGCUAUAAUUGGGACAAGCCCAGAAAAUGUGAUUAAUGUUCUGCAUUGGGCAACCACAAUCGCACGCCGGUGGCUCAAUUAAACCAAAUUUGUGCUUUGUCCUUCCAGUAUACGGAUAGCCUGCUAUUAUUCUUGAUAGAAUAUUUUGUUGAGCUCGGUUCAAACCGAAUUUAGAUAUAUUGGUGAUGUUUAAGUCGAAGAAAUUUUCCAUAUAAUAGUUUUCUGUCCCGAUGUUGAUCCUCUUGAAAAAAUCGCCCUCAAUUUUGUUAUAGUUCAUCUUUAGAAUCCUCAAAGCAUCCGUAAAUGUGACCUUAUCUUCCAAAUAUUCACCUACCCAGAUAACCAAGCGUGAUUAAUCAUUUUAGUUGAUAAAAUUUUAAGAAAGCGGUCAGCAAUAUUAGUACGGUAGGUUGUCAGCAAUAUGACGGCAACAUGACGACAACUGAUGACUUGUCGUUGCGUCAACAGCGGUCAACAGCAUUUUGAUGGCAACGUGACGGCAACGAAAAAGAGAUAAUGUUUUCCUUCGUGUGUCGCAUAUUUGUUCUCAAUCGUUGCAGUUUUGUAAUUGAUUCUCGUUAACAAAGUUGAAACAAUGUGUAAGUAUUAAAUGUUUACAACAAUUUGUCAACAACGAAGUAGCAUAUUGCACGAAAAUAAUCACAAUAUUUUUUAUUGUCUAUACCUUUGCAAAUUACAAAAAUACGUAAA